AUGGAUGCGAAGGAGACAAACGUGAAUCAAAACGCAUCAUCAUCAAUAAAUAUAGAAAAACUCGAGAAUUUCGAAAUAAUUUGGCUCAAUAAAACUUUUUUUUAUACAGACAAACACAUCGAAGCAAAAAUACGAUUUCAACAUAUAACUUCUUAUUUAAAAACAUUUUUUGAUGUCGACGAAUGUUUCAAUCAUAUUAUUAAUAGUGAUGUUGAUCAUAUCAUUCUUAUUAUUUCACUUGAUUCAUUUGAUGAUUCCACUAUUCUUGAUAAAGCAAAUGAACUUGUACAAAUUACAUUUCUCUACAUCAUGACAUCGUCGUUGUUAUUAAAAAAUGAUGCCUAUUCAAAAAAUAAUCGUGCUGUCUUCAUUAAUGAACAAGACCUCUUCGUCAAACUUAUCGAUGAUGUCCGAUUUUGUACCGAGAAUACAACUAAAUUCAAUAUAUUCACUUCUUCAAUAGAAGGUGGAAAAUCGAGCAAAGAUCUGACACAACAAUCGGUAAAAUUCAUGUGGUUUCAAUAUAUUUUAGAAAUUCUUCUUCACAUGCCUGAAGAAAAUAAAGCAAAACAAGAAUUGAUUGAAUUUUGUCGAUUAUGUUAUGCCAAUGAUAAAAUUGAACAAGAGAAGAUUAAUGAGUUUGAACUCAAUUAUCGAUCGGAAGAAGCGAUUAGAUGGUAUACAAGAGAUUCAUUUUUAUUUCGUAUAAUUAACAAAAUUCUUCGAUCUGAAAAUAUUGAUUAUAUCUAUAAAUUGCGCUACAUACUGGUUGAUAUUCGCAUUCAAUUACUUGAACUACACUGUGAUUAUCUUCAGUGUCUGGUAGAUAUGGAGCUUUUCCCAUACGUAUUGAAAGUCUAUCGUGGUCAACUGAUGUCUAUUCGAGAAUUAGAUCGACUUAAACGAAAUGUGGGAUAUUAUAUUUCGAUGAAUACAUUUCUGUCAACAUCGAACGAUCGAGAAGUUUCGUUGAUAUUUUCUGGUUUAGGCGCAAGACGACCUCAACUUGAAUCAGUUCUAUUCGAAAUCGACAUUCAAACGGAUACAUGUUCAUUACCCUAUGCUAACAUCCACAUGAAUAGUUGGAAUCCGGACGAAGAAGAAAUUCUUCUUGAAUUAGGUGCUAUCUUUUUUAUUGAUUCUGUAACACGACAAGAUGAUGUUUGGAUUAUUAAACUAACACUUUGCAAUCAAAAUUCUGUUGAAAUAAAAAAUGUAUAUCAAUUUCUACCAAAUCUAAAAUCUCAUAAUCGACUAAGUAUUAAUGAUUUUGCCACAUGUUUAGGUUACAUGGGAGAAUCCCAUCGAGCAGCUCAAAUAUAUGCAAAUCAACUUCAAUUAUCUCUGUCGCCAAUUAAUUUGGACACAGCAAUUCAAUACAAUAAUUUUGCUACGUGCAGUAUGAUGAGUGGUGAUACUGACUUCAAUAGUCUGUUUAAAUGUUAUCUACUGUGUCUCAAACUUAUUCCACGCCCAUUACUACCAAUGUUAUCCAGCAUGUGCAUUAAUGCUGCUUUCUUGUUGAUUAUAAGUGGUAGAUAUAAGGAUGCUCAGAUAUUUCUAACAAAAACAAUGUCAAUGAUGGUAAAUGAAAUCGAUGGAAUUCUCAUUGAUGAGAUGCAUCGUAAUAAAAUGCAAGAUUUCGCCGCAUUAUACAUGGCUCUGGGCGUUAUUUAUGGUAAUCAAGAUCAACAUGAAGAUGCUAUGAACUUUUUUCAAUCAGCUCUGAGAAUAUUUAAAGGACACCUACCAUCAAAUAGCCAUAAGUUUGGUGACGUUUAUUUAAACGUAGCUAAAGUGUAUUAUAAAGAUGGCAAGUAUGAUGAGGGUAUUGAAUACAUUCAAAAAGCUAUCUCGAUCUAUUCGCAAAGUUUACCAUCUGAUCAUCCAGGUUUAGCUGACUGUUAUCAUACUUUGAGUGCGAUCUAUGCAGACAAUGGUGAAAUUUUUAAGUCUUUAAAAUUAAUAGAAAGUACGCUGGAACAACGUUUGAAAGCCGAACCAGUUAAUCAUGUUUUGGUGGGCACCUCAUAUCUCAGCUUAGGUUAUCUCUUUGAUAAAAUAGAUUAUAAUACGCAAGCACUGGUUUAUUACCUCAAAACUGAACAAAUAUGGCGUCAAUAUUUGCCUGAAAGUCAUUUUCUAUUUGCCCAACUAUUUUGUGCCAUAGGAAGAGUUUAUGGUGAUGUGAAAGGUGAUUUCGCAACUGCCCGUACCUUUCUAGAAAAAGCUUUGUUUAUAGAAUUGAAUCAUUUAAAAACGAUUUCUCAAGACGUCAGUAGAAUGCUUGGUUUUAUACACUUUAGUCUUGGAAAAAACUAUUAUCAUUGUGGAAAAUAUGACGAAGCUUUAAUCUAUUACGAGAAAGCGUCGAAUGUUUUUCGACGUGUUUUACCAAAAAAUCAUCUCGAUUUCUUUCGUCUCUUUAAUAAUAUUGCAUUGACUUAUCAAGAUCUAGGAAAUCAAGAAGUCGCCAUAAUGUAUUAUGAACAAGCUAUUGAUAUUAUUCAUUCUCAAGGUUCUAUUUCUUUAAAAACCGAUAUCAUCGCUGAUAUUUAUGGUAAUAUCGGUAGUUUACACUUUCAAAAUGGAUCAUAUAAAAAAGCAGUAGAAUAUUUGGAAAAACAAGUGAACACAAAAUUAACAGUGAUGACAUCUGAAUCACCAUAUUUUAUUAGUACAUAUACGAAUUUAGGCAGUGCUUGUUCGGCAUUGAAUGAACAUACAACAGCACUUGAAUAUCAUUCACGAGCUCUGGAUAUUGCACAAGCCGUCCUACCAAAAUAUCACGAGAAUCUUGCGUCAAUAUAUAACAAUAUAGGAGCUGUCUACGAAGACCAAAGUAAACAUGAACAAGCUCUUCACUAUCUCAAAUUGUCACUGGAAGUCAAACUAAGU